AUGGGUAUGAACCAAGUACGAACGAUUUGGUCGAGAACAAAGGUUAUUGCUCAGACGGAAAGGAAUGAAGAUGUCGCGUCGUACUCUGAUCAAUUACAAGUCAACGGUAGUAGAUGGGAAAAACAGCCGGAUUAUGAGAUGCCCAAAAUGGAAGGGUCAAAGGCAAUGGGUCAACUUGUGGCAGGAUCGACCAAGGUUGAAGCAAGCCUGGAUCAUCCAUCAACAUCUAGGGGAGCUACAUCACUCUAUUGA